CGAAAGCGCGACUCCGAGGCAGAAGCGGCUGGGGGGAGCCGGCUAGGGCCGGGCGGCCGCCGCUCGCUCCCGGGAUCGUGCCCGGGUGUCUCGGCGGACAGACGGCGCGGCGAGCGAAGGGUUACAGGCCCCGCAUGCGCCGGGCGGGAGCGGGGCCGGCCCGGGGUCGGCGGCGCUGGAUGGGCGUCACCGCUGCCCGCCGCGCUCACUGGCUGCGGGCGGCGCGGGGAUGCCGGGCCGGGACGCUGAGAUGCAUCCAGUCCUAAAGGCCUUUGUGUGUGGCUCCAUCAGUGGCACUUGUUCUACACUCCUCUUUCAACCCCUUGACCUGCUGAAAACCCGCCUGCAAACUCUGCAGCCUGCCGUGAAUGGGUCUGGUCGUGCUGGGAUGGUAAGGCUGCUCUUUAGGGUUGUUCGUACUGAGAGUAUUCUGGGGCUCUGGAAAGGUGUCUCUCCAUCCUUUGCAAGAUGUAUUCCUGGGGUUGGGAUUUACUUCAGCACUUUGUACAUGAUGAAGCAAAAGUUCCUCGUGGACCGUUCACCCACAGCCCUGGAGUCUGUCUUUCUGGGUGCCACUGCACGUGCAGUUUCUGGGAUUUGCAUGUUGCCAGUGACUGUAGUGAAGACCCGAUAUGAGAGUGGAAGAUUUGGCUAUGGGAGUGUAUAUGGAGCUCUGAAGAAUAUCUAUCAGACGGAAGGGGCUCGUGGCAUGUUCAGUGGGCUCACGGCGACACUGCUGCGGGAUGCCCCCUUCUCUGGCAUAUACCUGAUGUUCUACACACAGACCAAAAAACUCACACUUCAGGACCAGCUGGAUCCAGUGCUCAUGCCCUUGCUGAAUUUUGGCUGUGGGAUCUUUGCGGGAAUCUUGGCCUCGCUGGCAACGCAGCCUGCUGAUGUCAUCAAAACACACAUGCAGCUGACCCCCCAAAAGUACCACAGGACAAGCCAGGCCAUUGCCUUCAUCUACAAGGACUUUGGGUUGGUUGGCUUUUUCCGAGGUGGUGUGCCCCGUGCCCUCAGGCGCACUCUGAUGGCAGCAAUGGCAUGGACGGUGUAUGAACAGAUGAUGGAAAAAAUGGGCUUGAAGUCUUGACCGAGUUGCACGAGAAAUGACCAGCUUCACUCCUUCUCCUGCUUGCUGUGAUCAACUGGCACUAGGAAGUUCCCAGUUCCACAGAGGAAUAAGCCUUGCUCAGCCAGGAGGAAGAAAGCCCUUCUGAGACAGGGGAUUAGGCCUUUUGGCAAGUAGAGGAACGGAAAGGCUGGACCUUUGCAUUGUUUGAUCAAUGUAUUCCAGGGGGACUGCACUUGCAGACUGCCACGAGAAAUGGCAGAGUUUCAGCUAUUUUUAAAAAUAGCUCUGUGCUCACCACCUUUACGCAGUGAGACAUUCCUAGAGCAAAAGUGUUUGAGGAGAAAACCUGCCAGCCUGUUCCUUGCUCAUGUGGCCAGUAAGGCCACAGUGAGCCACUGUCUGAUAUAGAACCUCCUUCCUCAUAUGCUUUGUUCUCACAGAGGAACAUUGCAGGCCCCAGUGGGGGACUGGAUGUGUCUCUUAAUGCUUAUAUUGCAGGAGUGGCUGGAAGAGAAAUGAAGUGCUGAAGGAAAGCUAGAAACAUGGUCUCUGACAUCACUUUCGUACUGUGCGUGAUAGCAGAGAGAGUAACUGGAACCUCCUUGCUGUGUUUUGUGUUAUUAUGUGAUUGAGCAUCUUCACACUCUUGAAGUGUGCUUCUGCCUCUACAGCAGUGUUUGCACUGGAAUUAAUAAGCAUAAGGCACUUUAGAAUUGAUUGUUACCAAAGUUCUACUUGUUCUCUGAAAAAAAAUUCCUGCUGGUUUAACAUUAGCAGGAAUGCUCAAGUGGGUUUUGUUGUGCGUUUCUUUUUAUCCAGUUGUCGUAGAGAUUUACUUGCUUCCCACUACUCAUUUGUUAAUCCCUGAUCAACAUCCUCGGUGCGAACUGCUCCUUCGAUGUAGCUUUGAGGGUCAUGGCUCAUAAUGCAUAAAGGUAUGAUGGAAACAGAUACAGAUAGUGGCACUUCAGGUUUCCCAAAGCCGCUGCUGAUUGCAUGUGGAGUAUGUUUGGGUUUGGAAAGAAAAGGCUGCUCUUUCUGUAAGAUUUCUCCAAAGUUUGAGCCCUGUGAGUGUUUGGUAGGGAACUUUACUUCUCCUUGGGCUCCACAAAGACCCUCACAUUCUCCCAGCUGAUCAUUUUCUCUUUUCAGGUAGUCCAUAUUUGAGUAUCCCUGAGUUUAGGCUUAGAGAGAAAUACACAUUUUCCAUCCACUGUGCCUUCUUACUCUUUCCUACUGUGUUACACAGACCUCACAGUGUUUGCUGUCCAAACCUGGGUACAGCCUGCUCCACUCUUCACUUGUGCCUCUGUGGUGGGUUGGAUCUCUUGCAGCUCUGUUAGCAUAGCCAUGAAGCUGACAUGGAAGUGUGCAUCCUGUUCUGUAGUGUGCCUUGUAGAAAACUUAGCUUUGGCUUUUAUUUUCUUAAACACUUAGGGAUAUUACAAUUAACUUAAAAACCAGAGCAUCCGUUUCUAAAGACAAAGGCGUGACACUGUAGCUGUAUGAACAAUCAGUGCUACCUACCUGUUCUUCAUAAAUUUCAGAGUGUAAUUUGGACAUCACUGCCUGCCCUGGCAACCUCCUCAGCACAAGAGUAGAGGGGAUGUGGAUUGUUAAAGGUGUUCUCUACCAGAUUUCAACUCCAAAACGGUUUGAUAACUGGUGUGAAAGUUAAGUAAAGUGUAAGGGGACAGGCUGGAGGCUUGCAAGGUGUUGCCUGUUUUCAGUCUCAGCCCACCUGUGAGGGGACACUGACGCUACACAGUGCAGGAGUCUCCAGUAAUGGUGGUGGAGGGUCCCGUGUGCACAUGUCUAUGUGUUGAUAAUAGAGCACUGCAUCAAAUUGUUCCACGUUGGGAUUGACAAGCAGUCAGAUUCCCUCUGCUGCUUCUCACUGUCAGGCAUCUGGCACAUUAUUUACCAUAUCCUUUCUUUUGCUGUCCUUCCUACCCUUAGUGACCUGAACUUGUGAGAGCACAUGAAACCAUGCUAACUGCUCAUCCUGCUUGUUUGUUAUCCUGGGCACUACGGGCACAAAGAGCUGGAGAACCAAGGCAAGGGUUGCUGACCUGGCAGAAUAAGGUGGCAAUUACACAAGUUACCUCAUUUGUCUUUUAUUCCCCUGUACAUAGGAUCAAACUAACAUUGUGCUGGAAGCCUGAGUUUAUUUGGGGCUUUCUAAAUCUGGUGUGCGAGUUGGAUCUGUUGAUCUCCUGGGCAGUGGUAGUCGGGGGGGGGGUGUGGGGUCGCCUUCAAGGUGCUUCACACGUAUUUUAGUUCCUGAUUUAGCGAUGGCAAAGCAGUGUGCAGCUUGUGCAGACAGAAACAUGAGGCAAGUGAGCCAAGGAAUGCCAGGUGAUAAAUCUGGAACUAGGUAACAUCCUCAUCAGAAACCUGAAAUUCAGGAAUGUUUUGGUGGCUUUUAUGCCCUGUACUCCUGCCUGGUCAAAUAACAAAGAACUAGAGAAUUUACUCCCACGCACCAUGUUUUAAAGUCUACUGUUUGUCUUAAAUCUUGAUUCAGUGUUUGCUUUUUCUUUGGGAAAGUUCUUCCAUUCCCCUUUGUAGAGAAUGAGGUGAUGCUUUGAUGUUGGAGUAGAGUGAAAAACUAUGUGCUUUAGACCUGUAAAUUAGCCUGAGCUCCUUUGAGUAUAAUAAACAGUGAAUCUAAACUGCACUGUGUUUCAUUUACCGUUGGUGCUGCAAAUCCAAAAACUUACCUACCUGUGAGCUGGGGAGAAUGAAUUCUGCGGUGCAAGUUUGUUGUUUGUUUUUCUGUAUUAUAUUUUUGUCAAGUCUCUUAUGGGGCAAGGGAAAGCUUGAAGUUCUGCUUCACUCUUUUUUUGAAAGCUUUAUCACAUAGGCAAGCACAAGACUAUUUCUCGACUUCGGUUCUCCUUCACCCUUUUCCCUUCUUCCCUUUCUGUUUCUAAAGUGAUUUAUUGAAGUUACUUUUUGAUAGCUACAGCAAGUCAAGGCAAAAAAAAGAGUGCAGACUUCAAGUUUAGAUAUAUUGCCCUUGGAGUUUAGUGCUUCUAAUUAACAACAAAUGGUCACUUUACACCCUAUAUGCAAUGUAAAUGAAAUAAAAGAUCUGGGCACAGGUGCUUGAUCACCUACCUGCAUGGUGCCAGCAAUUCAACACUAACAAUCCUAUUGGAUAAUCAAAGCCAUCUUAGCUUGGGUUCCAGAGACAGUGGUGUGAUCCCUUCUACGUAUGGCAGGAUCCCAGCUGGAUCCCUCUUGGAUGACCUCUGAUGCUGGCAAUACACUCUUAGUGAAUGUGCAUUGCCCCUGCAGCUGUGGCAUAAGAACACAACUGGCUAGCGAGUUGAGACAGGCUGUAUUUAAGUGAGUUGUAAGGACACAAGAGGAAUAGUCUGUAUAUGCUUUAGAAACUUCAUGUUUCCAUUCUUCCUGUGUGAUGAUUUUUUUUUCCCUUGCACUGUUUUAAACAGAACUGGAACCUUGGAACAUUGCAUGGCUUUAAGUAUUGUGAGUGCUUAUGUGUCUAUAUAAAAUAUUUAUGUGACAAGGUGUAUUAUGUUUUAUUAAAAACUACUUGCCAAAAC